AUGGCUGCAAGCAUGAAUCGGUGGUUUACUCGAAUGGGAAAGCUAGGUGUCGGCCUCGUUGCAGCUGGCAGUAUCUUACCUCUUGUCAUUUAUAAUGUUGAUGGAGGUCAGCGUGCUGUCAUUUUUGACCGCUUCAAAGGCGUUCGCCAAACGGUUGUCGGGGAGGGCACCCAUUUUAUUAUUCCGUGGGUUCAAAAGCCUAUAAUUUACGAUAUCCGGUCUAAGCCUCGUAAUGUUCCUGUUAUGACAGGGUCAAAGGAUCUUCAGACAGUCAACAUCACCCUUCGCAUACUCUACAGGCCACAGGCUGAUUUGCUGCCCAAAAUUUACUCUAACCUUGGCUUCGAUUAUGAGGAACGUGUCCUUCCCUCCAUCACCACAGAAGUCCUCAAAGCCGUUGUUGCUCAGUUUGAUGCUAGUGAACUCAUCACCCAGCGAGAGCUCGUUAGCCAGCGUGUCAAUGAUUCCCUCACGGAGCGUGCUGCUUCCUUUGGCAUUCUUCUUGAUGAUAUUGCUCUAACGCAAAUAUCCUUCACGUCGGAGUUCUCGGCAGCUGUUGAGGCUAAGCAGGUGGCACAACAGGAAGCGGAGCGUGCGCGUUUCCUCGUUGAAAAGGCGGAGCAGCAAAAGAUGGCGGCGGUGAUAAGUGCGGAGGGUGACUCAGAGGCGGCAAAGAUGCUGGCUAAGUCUUUCGGCUCCUCGGGUGAUGGUUUGAUUGAAUUGCGACGUAUUGAAGCGGCAGAGGAUAUCGCCUACCAAUUGGGCAAAAAUCGCAAUGUAUCCUAUCUCCCUGAUGGUGUUAAUGCUCUUCUCAAUCUUCCCAAUAUGGGGUAG